AGCGCUCUUAUACUCAGACGCCUGUGCCUGAUGAUACCACCGCGCUUGGAAGGCGUGCAGUCGCGUGAAGGUGUUGCAGCUCGCGGAUGCAGCCGAAAGGUGGGGUAUGAAAAGGGGCGAAUCGCCGCUUUGUCCAGCCCUGUGCUUCUGUGUCGUGAACGCGUCUCUUAGAAAAAGCACCUCCGCACGCCCAACCUCACCUCCAUCCCCCGACAGUGCGUGCAUCGUGAAGUUGCUCCCCCCAUCGUCGCGGCAGACCGAGAAAGCUUCGCGCCUGCCCAAGAUGCAACCGCACCCGCGGAACUACCCGCUUCCCGCCCAAGCGCACCAUGCGACGCCUACUCGACAUGGUCCCGGCCCCAUGAUUGCGAGCCACCACCAGGCCCCGCAGCAGUAUGUCCAGCACCUGCCCGCCCAGCAGGCCGCUGCCGAAAAUGCGCGCCGUGACAAGCAGCGCCGCCAGUCAACCCGCCCGACAGACAAGAACAUGCCUGACGGCAUCGAGGAGGUAUGCAUCGGCGACGGCGUGGCCCGCUACCGCCAGCUGCGCCAGGUUGAGCGCACACUCGACGCUACUAUGAUGCGCAAGCGGCUCGAAAUCCAGGACACCUCUUUCCAGACCGACGCUCGCCGCUACAGCACCAUGCGCAUCUGGAUAUCCAACACGGCCGAGAACCAGCCGUGGCAGAGCAGCGGCAUGGACGCCGAAGUCUUUGAUUUCGAGAGCGAGACGAAUGCCACAUACCGCGUGAAGAUUCAAGGCCGCCUGCUGGACGAAGACGCUGACCUAGGCCUUGACAACGACGACGACGACGAUGAUGAUGAUGAUGAUGGUGAUGACGCCGCCGCCGCCGCUGACACCGAAGACAAGGACCCCGAUGCCAUGGAAGAGGAUGGUGCUGAAUCUGCGCAGAAGACCCCUGCCACCAAGCCCAAGAUGUUCUCGCAAUUUUUCUCGUCCAUGACCAUCGACUUCGACCGCGCCAAGAGUCUCCAGCCAGAUAAUUUCACACAGAUCGAAUGGAAGCGGCCAGAGGGCGCAGCCAACACGAAAGAGACCAACUUCAGCCAGCUCGAGUUCGAGCGCAAGGGCGACGAGAACAUCAACAUCACCAUCAACCUCCAGCGCCACCAGCACCCGGAGCGACUCAGGCUCAGCAAGCCCUUGGCUGAACUGCUCGACACGGACGAGGAAGACCGUGCAGGCGUCAUUAUGGGCAUCUGGGAGUACUGCAAGUGCAAUCACCUGCAGCAGGACGAGGAUGAGCGCAAGUUUGUCUGCGAUGCCAAGCUCAAGGCCAUCUUCAACUCCGACACAUUUUUCUUUCCCAUGCUCCCGCAACUGUUAAAGCCGCACCUAACUACGCUGCCCCCAAUUCAGCUCUCGUACACAAUCCGCGUAGACAAGGAUUACAUCUCACCACCUCCUGAAUCUGGCAAACUCCCCUCGCAGCCGACAAUUUACGACGUCCAAGUUGCGCUCGGAGACCCGCUCCGCGAUAUGACAGCCAGUCUCGCUCGCUCCACGGACAACAUCAAAACUUUACAGCAGAUUAACGAGAUAGAUGAGCAGAUCGCCCUCCUGAUCCAAGCAAUAGGCCACUCAAAAGCUAAGCAUGCAUUCUUCACUAGCAUGUCCAAGGAUCCCGUCACUUUCAUCAAGCGCUGGCUCUCAUCGCAGAAGCGAGACCUGGAAGUCGUCAUGGGAGAGGGGGGCCGUGGUGGUGGAGAAGAUGCGUCGGGUGAAGAAUGGAGACGAGGUGGGGAGGAAGGCGUCUGGGGAAGCGAGGUGGCGAGGGAGAGCGUGGCACUAUGGUUGGCUCGACAGAACAUCAAAGGUCAUUAGAAUGUCCUUUUGCUAAUAAUGAACUUGCUUUGGUCUAGGCUUACCAGCCGGGCCUCCCGCACCGAGGCGGAAAUCCACCUAAACGUCCCACCCCAGCCAGCUUCCGAACUACUCCCGACUAAUGAUCAAUUACCUACUCCUCCUCCCUCGCCUCCUCUCCCGUUUUCGUCUUUAAGAGAUGCCUCUUUCGGCUUUGCAGAACCUGCCUUACAAAGUCAUCCUCCACCCGUGGCCUCGGACCCCUCUUCGUGGCCUAUUUUCGCACCUCUUAUGCCGAUAUCUCAGCUACUGACACAAGGCCUAAUAUUCAUUUUGGAUUCCGCGUAUCAGUCCCCGAACAUU